AUGGUAAAGGAUGUAGAUGGGCAGGGGGAGAGUGUCAAAGGUGCUGUGGAAGAGCAGGCGAUUUUGGAUGAUACCGCUGCUCCUGCUCCUGCUCCUGCUCCUGCUGCUCCUGAUAGUGAUACUGGGAGAGUGGAGGAGUCUGGGCUGAGCGCGCAGGUGGUCUCGGGUUCGGGAUUGGAGGUGGAGAAGAUGAAGGUGAAAGUAGAUGGGGAUGGGGAUGGAACUGGGAAGGGAAAAGGAAAGGGAACGGCGAAAGGGACGUGGUGGGAGUAUGUUGGGUGGAAGGCUGGUGUCGGUGUCGGUGCUGGUGCUGGUGCGGGUGUGGCUGUUGGUGAUGCGAAGAAGAAGGAGGAGAAGGAGGAGGGAGGCAAGGAAGAGGAAGAGCCGCCGGGGGGAGAAGGCGCGCAGGAUGAAGCGCCGGAUGUGCGGGUGGAUGAAGAAGCGCGCGUGACUGAGGUGGAGGAGGUUGCCGCGGUAAAGGAAGAUGAAGAUGAAACGCGGACGCCGCAGGAUGAGAACACAGAAAGAGAAACGGCGACGAAGAGAGAAGAACCGGCGACAAGAGAAGACGCUGCGAGCCCUGGGCCUGAUACGUCCGAGGGGAAUAUUACGUCUGCGUGGCUUGCGCCGUGGGCGUGGUAUUAUUCGUCGGCGUCUUUGAAGAGUUUGAGUGGUGGUGCCGCUGGUUCUAACUCCAAUUCGAAUGCGAAUACGGAUGCGGAUGUGAAGGAAGGGGGUGAAGGUAGUGCGGGUACGGAUGGUGCUUUGGAAGUAUCUCAGGAGAAGGGGGAUGCGGCGGUGGCGCACGAGGAGGAGGAGGAGGAGGAGGAGGGAGAAGCUCCGCGGGUUGAGGAGGAUGUUGUGGUGUAUACACCGCUACCUCACACUCAGGCCGCGGAUAUACCUCGAAGCACAAGUACGAGUCCGACUCCUAGCGCUAGUGGGUGGGCGGCGUCGAUUUUGAAUUUUAGCUCGAGCAGUACGACGGCGAGCUCGCAGUUCCUUGUGAGGACGCUUGCGGCGUAUACCGGGGCGCCGCGCAUGGGGUCGGGGUCGAGAAGGGCAGUGGAGGGAGUUGAGAGAGAUGAGAAUGGGGUGGAGGUUAUGCAGCUUGAGUUUGAUGAGGAGGAGGGGGAAGGGGAGGGGGAGCGUGGGUGGAGUAAGGACGCGACGGGGAGCGUGGCUGCGUCUGAUGCCGGUAAAGAUAAAGAACGGGCUGUGCCGCUGCUCGUCGUCUCGGAAGAUCUCAAGCGCGAGUCUGCGAAAGUGCAGAGGCAGAUGGCCAAAUCUGGUUCAGGCUCAGGCGCGUCGACGCCUGCGCGCGCUGGGUCGGGGUCGGGAGCGAGUACGCCGGCAAGUUCCGCGGAGAAAUCACGUUCACGGGUCGGAGUGACGACCGCUUCCAUUUCCACUUCCACUUCCACUACUACUGCGACUACUACUGCGACUACUGCGACUACUGCGACUGCGAAUUCCACGACGAAUAGCGCGACGAACGGGGGUAAGAUAACUCCCAGCGCGAUGUCCAACUCGAACUCGAAACCUCCGGGUUUGGGAGACGCGACGAAAAGAGCGGCGUCGCCUGCGCCUUCUACCAAAUCUACUAAAUCUACGAAAUCCACCGCUUCUGCAUCAGGUUCUGCAUCGACGUCUACACCAACGCCUACAACUAGCACCAGCACCAGCACAAGCACAGGCACAGGCACAGGAGUCCCAAAACCCCCUCCACCGCCCAACCUCGUUCUGCCAACUUGGCACGAUACAUUCCAUGCGCCGCCUCGGAGUGUGUUGCCGCCUCGGCCUCGAUUGUCUCAACGCUCGGCGUCGGCGUCGUCUGUUAGUAGGAGGGGAGUAGGGGGGAAUGGGGAAGGAGAAGGAGAGGGAGAGGGAGGAGAGGGAGAGGGGCUGAUUGGACGCACUGUGAGGUUUGUCUCGGGGGUGUUGUUUGCUGGUGCUGCUGCUGCUGGGUCGGCGUCUGGGUCGACGUCUGGUUCGUCCUCUGGAGCAGGAUCGGUACGGAGCGGUGUAGCAGGUGGGAGAGGGACAGGGAGUGGGAGGGUUGUUAUGCCUUCACCUUUAGGCGGCGGUGCGAGCGCGAGUGUGCAUAAGAAAGCCAAGGGGAAGGGGAAGGGGAAGGGGAAGGGGCGCGCGCGUUCGGAGUCUGCGUCGUCUUCCCGAUCUCGAUCGUCGGCUGAUGUUGAAGAAGAAGAGGAAGAGGAAGAGGACUUGGACUUGGAUGAUACGGACGCGUUCCAUCAACGCCCAUACGACACGCACAAUCUCAAUCGCAAAGAGAAUCUGAAGCACAAGCAGAAAGAAUCGCCACUAGACAAAUACCGCCGCGCACGGAUGCGCGCGCUUGGGAUGACGCUGCCGAAGGCGUGGAGCGUGUUUGAGAGGGGUGGGUGGGGGGAUUUGGUUGUUCCGUCUUCUUCUGGGUCUUCUGGGUCUUCCUCUCCUUUAUUGGGGGAUGGAGGUGGAGGAGGAGGAGGAGGAGGAGGAGGAGGAGGAAACGAAGGAGCGGGAGGUGCGGGAGGGGUGAAAAUGCGCUCUGGACCAAGCGCGCACUCUGCUUCGUCGUUCCUUGGUCUUUCACUACCCUUGCUUUCUGGUAGUCGCUCGAGCUCGAGGGAGGGAAGGAGGGAGGGAAGAGCGGUGGACAGUGUGAACGAUACACGGCCUGCAUUUGAAUCGUCGCCUUCCUCACCCUCGUCGCCUUCGUCACCUUCUACUACCGAGGCCGAGGUGCGGGAUAGGUGUUUCGACUUUGAACAGGCGGUCGAUCCGAAUCCCAGUCCCAGUGAAGCAGCCGAAAGAAUCGAGGAGAACGCACAAGUGAGAGAUGUGUUAAGCGGCGCGAACGGCAAACGCGUGGUUGUGAUUGGUGUGCAUGGGUGGUUCCCCGGUGCGAUGAUUAGGAGUGUGUUGGGUGAGGUGGGUGGUUGA